AAAUUUUUUAUAAAAGGAUCUUUGUGAUAUGUGACUUCCUCAUCUUCUCGAGUAAAACCAAUCGAAUAAUUUCAUUUGAAAGAAAAGAUGCAUUUUUUCUCUUCUUCGUCGUCAUCUUUGUCAACUUGGACAAACCUAAUAACAAUUGGAUGCCUCAUGCUUCAUUCAUCUUUCUCCAGUGCUCAACUAACUCCUACCUUCUACGACAGUACAUGUCCUAGCGUCUUCAACAUCGUACGGGAUACCAUUGUUAACGAAUUAAGGUCGGAUCCUCGUAUCGCCGCGAGCAUCCUUCGUCUUCACUUCCACGAUUGCUUCGUUAAUGGUUGUGAUGCAUCGAUCUUGUUAGACAACACAACAUCGUUUCGAACAGAAAAAGAUGCUGCUCCAAAUGCAAACUCGGCUCGGGGAUUUCCAGUGAUUGAUAGAAUGAAAACAGCAGUUGAGAGCGCAUGCCCGAGGACUGUUUCAUGUGCAGAUAUCCUUACCAUCGCAGCUCAACAAUCUGUUAAUUUGGCAGGAGGUCCUUCAUGGAGAGUUCCUCUGGGAAGAAGAGAUAGUUUCCAAGCAUUCUUUAACCUCUCUAAUGCAAAUCUUCCUGCUCCAUUCUUCACGCUUCCACAACUUAAAGCUAGUUUCCAAAAUGUUGGCCUUGACCGUCCUUCAGAUCUCGUUGCUCUCUCAGGGGGUCACACGUUUGGUAAAAACCAAUGCCAGUUUAUUAUGAACAGGCUAUACAACUUUAGCAACACUGGUUUACCCGAUCCUACCCUCAACACUACUUACCUCUCCACGCUUCGUGGGCUAUGUCCUCUUAAUGGUAACCAAAGCGUCUUGGUCGAUUUUGAUCUACGUACACCAACGGUAUUUGACAACAAAUAUUAUGUGAAUCUCAAAGAGCAUAAGGGACUUAUCCAGACCGAUCAAGAGCUAUUCUCGGGCCCUAAUGCCACUGAUACAAUCCCUUUAGUGAGAUCAUAUGCUGAUGGAACACAAAAGUUCUUCGAUGCGUUUGUGGAGGCGAUGAAUAGGAUGGGAAACAUUACGCCUCUCAUGGGAACUCAAGGACAGAUCAGGCAGAACUGUAGGGUGGUCAACUCCAAUUCACUGCUCCAUGAUGUGGUUGAGAUCGUUGACUUUGUCAGCUCUAUGUAACAACGGUUGUCUCAAUAUAUGUGGCAACAAAAAUAUGUAUGUUUGUUACAAUAAUAAAACGUUCUCAGAGUUAGGGGUGGGUAAAAUAUCCGUUAUAUCCGCUUCGAACUGAUAUUUGUUUCGAUCCGUUUCAAAAAAUCCGGAUAUCCGUAAAGCUUUG